UUUCCUUUUCAGGCCACACUACAACCGGCUUGUUGUCGAAUUUUGAUAGAGGAGGAGGCGAUUUCAUCGAUAAUAAUAUCAAAAAGUAAAGAAAAUAAGGCUUACAAAUAUAAUGGUUGAACCCAAGGCCCAAGCUCCCGUGGAGCGGCCUCCCAACGCCGAGACGGUCCUCCCACUGAGCAGGGUGCGGACUAUCAUGAAGAGCUCCAUGGACACAGGGCUGAUCACCAACGAGGUGCUCUUCCUGAUGACCAAAUGCACGGAAUUGUUUGUACGGCAUUUGGCGGGCGAGGCGUACUCGGAAGCGUUUGGGCAGAAAACCGGCGAAGCACUGAAGUACGAGCACCUCUCUCAGCUGGUCAACAAGAGGAAGAGCCUCGAGUUCCUGCUGCAAAUCGUUCCCGUGAAGAUUCGAGUGCACGAGUUUCAGGAAAUGCUGCGCUUAAAUCGAUCCGCCGGCAGCGACGACGACGAUUCCGAAUCCGGAUCGGAGUCGGACGAGUGAAAUGGGUAUAGACUGGGUUCUGGAUAUGGCUACGGAUGUGGAUACAUAAACAUGGAAUUGUAUGCCUGGAACUGGACGAAUCAUCGCCCCACGACUGAUUUUAAGAACUUCCCCCACUAUCUCCUUUAGUUUAGUUGCGCUAGCCGAUAAGUUAAUUAAUUAAUAACACAAACAAUUAUACACAAUAUUCCAGAUUGAUAAAUAAACGAAGCCUGUCCUCUAA